UUCUCUCUUUCAUCUUUUGCUUCAUUUCAAUUCAUUGUUGUUGUUGUUUACAAUCUCUCUUUUCUUGCUUCUUUCUCUCUAAUUGUGUUAACAACCAACAAUAAUCAUGAGAACUAGCUGCAAUGGCUGUAGAAUUCUCCGCAAAGGUUGUAACGACGAUUGCGUCAUUCGCCCUUGCCUUAAUUGGAUGAUGUCUAAUGAAGCCCAAUCCAAUGCUACUCUUUUCCUUGCUAAGUUUUACGGCCGUGCCGGUCUUCUCAACCUCCUCAAUGCUGGCGCCGAGCACCUUCGCCCCGCAAUAUUCCAGUCAUUGUUAUACGAGGCAUGUGGGAGGGUGGUAGACCCAAUAUAUGGCUCAGUUGGUUUAUUAUACUCUGGUCAGUGGCGCCACUGUCAGCUUGCCGUUGAUGCUGUUCUCAAGGGUCUGCCUAUCAUGCAACUUUCUCCUCCGUCUCUUACUAUUUCAUCCGAUGGUCCUCCUCUUCCACCUCAGCAAGUCAUUCAUCUUCCCCCUCUCAAGCUCUACGACAUUCGCCACAUGUCGUCCUCUAAGGACUCUACUACCGUACCUGCUACUUUCGUUGUCCCUACUGGGCCCCGCCUCAAGCGUCGCCCCAGAGGGUCUCGUGCUGCCCCCGCUUUUCAGGCUGACCAGCUUUCGAUUAAUGGUGGUAAUGGAAAUGAUGCUGGUGGGGAUGUUCAGAGUUUCGAGCGGCUCAGUAUGUUUUCUGGUGAGUCAACUGAAGGGUCGGUGUCUGGUCAAAUGGGUGCUGAUAGUGAGGUGCAAUUGGACCUCACUUUAGGGUUCAACAAUAAUAUGAAGUACGGGAAAAUGCCGUACUAAAUAUAUAUCAUAUAUAAUUAUAUAUUAUAUAAACUAUAGUUCUAAUAAAUAUAAAUAUUGUCAUGUAAUAAUUUCUCAAGGGAGAAUAAGAAAAAAAGAAAAAAAAAAAAAAAAAAAAAAAAAAAAAAAAAAAAAGACAUGCGGAUAUGGUUGUAGCUAAGAUGUGACUAAGAUUCACAUUUAUAAAAUGAAAAACAUUUAGUGAUGAUGAUUCAUGUGUUUGUCACGUGGAUAUUUUGACGGCUCAUAGCUAUAGUUAUAAAUGAAACGUAACAUGUUAUUUUAACGUGUUACGUGCGUGUAAGAUAUACUCAUGUACAACUUUAUGCUUUAUUUAAUUAUUUAUAAUUAUAUUUUCCGCAA